AUCACUACCAACCAUCAAUACCAUACCUUCCACAUUCACGACUCCGGCAGUCAAUCAAGCAAACCAUAAAUAUGCGUUCUACCUUCUUCAUCACGACCUUUGCUCUGGCGGCGUCCGCCAUCGCUACACCAACUCCACAGCGACCUGUCCCUGGCGCACCAGCUGACCCUGGCGUCAGAGUGCCCAAGGGCACUUUCUGUACCUUCACCUCGCAAGAAGGCGUCCUAGGAUGCAAUACUGGCGAUGGCGGCACAUUCAACAUCAUCGACGGAAAGAUUAGCGGCUGUGCUGGAUGCACGAAGGAGAACGGAUUCGGAAAAUAAGUUCUUGGAGCAAAAGCUGGUCCCUAUACUAUGGCUCCCAUCUAGACAUAGGACGUCUUCAGAGAACUACCAGAAUUUCGGCACAUUGGCGUUGCAAUACUUGGACUUUGUGUCUUUUUCUUGUAGGUAGUAAGCUGGUUUAGAGACGACGUGGUCGCGUCAAAUCAAUCAAGCUACCCAUAUGCAGCUUCAGUCAUCGAUAUUCUCAAGCGAUGACAGCUUGUUCUUCAUCCGCUCUAUAA